AUGCCCGGUCCGGGGCAGAGCACUGCGAUCACCAGCUGCCAGCGCUUGCAGAGGCCGCUUAGCACGAAGCGAAGCAGCCCGCGGGUAUCGCGCGCACACCCGCUAAGGAACAAGGCUAACCCAAAGGCGCGGGACUUGGUGGUUGAAGAGAAGGUGCACUUCAAGAAGUUCAAAGACGCACAGGUCCAGGAGCGCGAGCCGGUGAAGCCGCCUCCCUUCGCCCUGGCGGCCCCCGCCGUGCACUUCGACGCGGACCACCGGCCGCGCUACGCUACGACCAAGAUGACACCAGAUGAGCUGGAAGAAAGGCCCAUGAACGCGAAAGGGCUGGGCAAGGGUGACAUGUUCUGA